UAUGGCCAAAUUAAAAGGCACUUUUUACCCAGAUUCGAAACAUCAAAGAAACUCGACAACACAAAAAAAUACAAAAUUGAAAAUUAAAAAUGAGUCUUUAGAGUAUUGUUAUCCAUACUACGAUACUAUUAGCGAGGCAACAUUAUUCUUCGAUUCCAUCAGAAGCUACAUACAUUUGCGUCAUCUCUGACGCUGUUAAGCAGGCCAGUGGUGUUUCGGGUCGGAGGCAGAACUGCUGAAUCAGGAGAUCUUUAUUAUUGUACCGGCUCUGCGUGGGACAGUGGGACAGCACGUGAAGUCUUAUUACCGAGAGAGUCCACCUAACAUCGAUUUGCUACGUUAACCGGGAUAUCCAGCGCGUAAGUUGUAAUAUAGCGUCGUGCCCGGGUCCCGAUACGAGUUGGGAUUGCUGGAGAGGCUUUCCACCUGCUCCACAAGACAUAUCGGCUUCAUGGCUACGGUGGCUCUUCUCACAAGGCAGCGCAUGCUCGCCUGCUCCAUUCGGCUCCUCGGAGCCAAUCACUUCAGAUGCCUGGCGGUGGCGCCAAAGCUGGUGUCGAAUCCCCAGUUGAAGGAAGCUCGGCAGCGAAGCCUAGUCCUGCCCUUCGCUAUCACCCGCCGCAGUCACAAGUCCGCGCCAACAGCCGCUGCUCCCGCGGCAACGCCGGUUGCAUCAGCAUCCAGCCCGCGAACCCCCAAGCCGGCUGCCACCACGUCGAGCGAUCUCUUUGGCGAAGCUGCCAACAUGGGUCUGUUCGCCAAGUUCAAACACAUGUACAAGCAGUACUGGUACGUGCUCAUACCGGUGCAUGUGAUCACGUCAGUGGGCUGGUUCGGAGGCUUCUAUUACUUAUCAAAAAGUGGCGUGGACGUGCCGUCUCUGUUGCAGUAUGUUCACCUAAGUGAGACGAUCAUCGAGAAGGUGCAGGGUUCGGAUAUGGGCCACUACGCCAUAGCAUAUCUCUGCUACAAGGUGGCCACUCCUCUACGUUAUGCGCUUACUCUGGGUUGCACCACCGUUUCCAUCAAGUAUCUGGUGCAGCACGGCUACAUCAAGCCCAUACCCACAAAGAACGAGCUCAUCAAGAUGUACGAGGACAAGAAGGCCACGCGGGCCAGCGCCAAGGCCGAUAAGGCGGAGAAGGCCGAAAAAGAUGAGAGCAAAUGAUCAUUGGCCGCGGGCGGCGACUCGUUAGCGUUGUCGUCGUCGCCAACGCCGCCGUUGCCACUGUCACAACAUCCUACUAAACUGCCGCCUCCGCUGCUGCCGCCAAAAUUCCCGUUGUUCUCACCGUCUCCAAGGACUAGCAGCGAGCAGCAGCGAUCGGCCGCCGCGCCCGGCGCCCGGCGCGCAGUUAACGUGUUAUCUUUUUUGUUAAACUGCCGCCGCAGCUGCCGGAAUUGGUGCUCAACGAACCUAACUCUUGUCCGGAAUCACAGUCGAUCACAAAAGCGUCGUCAACAAUGAGCGCCGUACACACACACACAGACACCAGGCACGCCCACGCCCAUAAAAUGCCCACUGAAAUACCAGUUACCACCUCACCCCACACUUCCCCCAUGAUUUUAAUACAUCUGAAGUUAACGUUGCACCUGUA